GUGAAAAGGGGAAGAGUAAGAAAAAGAGCUACACUAAACUUGAGAGGAGGAAGACCAUAUGGAGAUUUAAAAAAGAAUGGAAGAAGAUAGAGAAGGUUGAAGGCUGUCAAACCUGGACGAGGACCUGAACAAAGGCAGAACACUAAGAAGAAGACUGUAUUAGAAUGUGUUUUCUUCUUCCUGAUCCAGCUGCUGAUGGACAAUGCGAUGGCACAGAUUGUAGAGACUCAUAAAGCUGUCAUAGGUGGUACAGUCAUCUUACCCUGUUCCACCGAAUCCACUGCAGAGAAUGGGGAUGUAUUUUGGCGUUAUGAAGAAGACAAAGUAAGCAAAGUGGUAUUGGAGAUCAUCGAAGAUAAAGAUAAUUUUCAAGACCAGAGUCAAGAAUACAGAGGCAGAGUUACAGGUUUUUCAGCUGAGUUUGCAAAGGGAAACUUCUCCAUCGAACUGAGGGAUGUGAAACUCUCAGACUCGGGAACUUACACCUGCAGCCUCCCUAAAUCCAGGCAGAAUGUGAACGUACAACUGAGUGUUGAAGAAGUUUUCACCACUGAAACUAUUGCUUGCAAAACUGGUGAUGGCACGAGAAGAGCGAGCAGUAUGUUCCUGCUGGUGUGCAGUCUCCUGUACAGCUUGGUGAACAGCUCCUUCAUCCGCUCCUCGUUCUCACAGUGUGGCCUUCUGCAAACCACGAGGGCACAAUACAGAAACACGACCUUCAACAAGACUUUCUCACUGCAAAGUCACAGCAGUUUAUUUAUACACAAUAUCAGUACAAAUAAAUUAGGAGUGUAUUAUUUUACUCAAACUGGUUCACCUCCCAACAUCAGCAGUGGAAUCAGACUUUACAUCCAGAGUCACUCAGCUGGGAAUCAGACAGCUGAUGAUGAAAGGAUCAGACUCUGGAGAAAUCUCUUCAUCAUGUUGGGAAUGAUGAACUUACCUGACCAAUGGCAAAACACUAAGAAGACUGUAUUAGAAUGUGUUUUCUUCUUCCUGAUCCAGCUGCUGAUGGACAAUGUGUUGGCACAGGUUGUAGAGACUCGUAAAGCUGUCGUAGGUGGUACAGUCAUCUUACCCUGUUCCACCAAACCCACUGCAGAGAAUGGGGAUGUAUUUUGGCGAUAUGAAGAAAAACAAGUAAACAAAGUGGUGUUGAAUAUCAUCGAAGGCAAAGAGAAUUUUCAAGUCCAGAGCCAAGAAUACAGAGGCAGAGUUACAGGUUUUUCAACUGAGUUUGCAAAGAGAAACUUCUCCAUCGAACUGAGGGAUGUGAAACUCUCAGACGCUGGAACUUACACCUGCAGCCUCCCUAAAUCCAGGCAGAAGAUGAAUAUGUUUUCAUCACUCCAACUACUGAUCCCAAAACUGGUGAUGGCACGAGGAGAGCGAGCAGUAUGUUCCUGCUGGUGUGCAGUCUCUUGUACAGCUUUGUCUUUUGAAGACAACAUGAAGCUCCACUUGUAUGUAAGCACUGUCGCAAGAAAAACAGGACGUUAUGAAGCAUACCUUCGUACAAACCUUUUCUGUUCUCCGACUUUAAGAUUGUCGACAAUCUGGACAGAAAUUGAUAUCUGGUUUGUAUUUGGUAGCUUGUUAUUAACAUUUCGUAAGCCAAUGUAUACUAGGGAUAAUGAUUUCAUGUUUCCGAAAAUUGCCAAUUCCGUUUUUCCCCAUUUUCUGUAAUAAGAGAUAGGAAAAGUUUCCAUGUACUGAUGAUACAGUUUUGGAGUUCUGAAAUCCAUAAAAACAAAACUUGAGCAAUACUUUUUAUUUAUUUAUUUUUUACUCAAUUUCUACAUAAUUAGAGACUUUCAGGUUCAGAUUGAGGGAGAAGUUGAAGAAAUGUAUGGUAUCGCCUCCACUGAAAAACAUCAAAAUUAAAUAAAAGGCAUCAUGUCAGGGCUCAACAUUAAAGGUUCUAACUGCAAAGUUGAAUUCUGGGCAAAAUGUUCUAUUUCUAUUGCUGUUGGAGUUUCAAGAGGUUUUGCUAUGCACACACACCUGCUGUACUCGGCUUUCCUGGAAUUCCAUAAACAAUAACACGGCAGGAUCACUGAGGGGAUUGAACUAAUUUAGUUGGAACUUUAUUGAUGUAACUCUUGAAUAAUUACUAUUAAAAAAUAUUGCUGCAAGCAGCAAUGUGGGGGCCAAGCAGAUUGGUGUGACGGAUUCGUCCUGACCCAAGGAUUCCAGAUGUAGUGGAAUUUUGUUUCUACCCAAAAAGCAUCAUGAGAUAUGAGCCAGAAGUCAUUUUCCCUAGUUAUAGCGCCCCCUAGCGGCCAAUUUGUUCCAAAUGUUUUGUGGGCCUUUGUGGAGGGGUGUGGCAUAAUGCUACCAAGUUUUGUUAAGAUACGCCAAAGGGCAGCCGAGAUAUGAGCACACUUCCUGUUUCGCGUCUGCACAGCCAAUUUUGAUUGGCUGCCAUGGCCAAACGCUUAUGAAAUUCAAAACACUGAGCAUAACUUUUGUGCGGCUUGGUUCACUUAUGCUACAUACCAAGUCUGGGGAAAAAUUGUUCAAAAUUUGAGGGAGGAGAAGCAUUUUAAUUGAUUUUCACCAAAAUGGCGGAAAAUCUCCUGUGUGGAAUAUGAUGAGAUAGGGCGCGUUGGAUUCGUUUUGACUGAAGGAUUCCAGCAAUACUAAGGUUUUGAUGAUCAGACGUACGGUUCAAAAGUAACAAGCAGAAAUGUACUUCCAAAUUUGACCUGUUGGUGACGCUAGAGUGUUUGAGGUGGUGAGCUGAAAUUUGCUGCGAAGAACCUUGAGGCAGCCUAGAAUCAGUGUGCCAAAUUUCACAACCUCUCGUCAGACGGUUCUAUGGGUUGCCAUAGAAUGGCAAUGAUUUUAACAAAAUUCAAAAUGGCGGAAAAUCCUCAAGGCAGAAUAUGACGUCAUAGGGUGCGAUUGAUUCGUCUUGACCCAAGGAUUCCAGCGAUAGUGGAAUUUUGUUUCUACCCAAAGCAUACCAUGAGAUAUGAACCAAAAGACAUUUUUCCUAGUUAUAGCGCCCCCUAGUGGCCAAUUUGUUCCAAAUGUUUUGUGGGCCUUUUUGGAGGGGUGGGGCAUAAUGCCAAGUUUCGUUAAGAUACGCUAAACGGCGGCCGAUGUAUGACCACACUUCCUGUUUUGCGUCUGCGCAGCCAAAUUUGAUUGGCUGCCACGGCCAAAAACUUAUGAAAUUCAAAGCACUGAGCAUAACUUUUGUGCGGCUUGGUCCAAUUAUGCUACCUACCAAGUCUCGGAAAAAUUGGUCAAAAACUGAGGGAGGAGAAGCAUUUUAAUUGAUUUUCACAAAAUUCAAAAUGGCGGAAAAUCUACCAGGUGGAAUAUGACGCCAUAGGGCGCGUUGGAUUCUUGUUGACGGAAGGAUUCCAGCAAUACUAAGAUUUUGACAAUCAGAUGUACGGUUCAAAAGUAACAAGCAGAAAUGUACUUCCAACUUUGACCUGUUGGUGGCGCUAGAGAGUUUGAGCUGGUGAGUUGAAAUUUGCUGACCAGAACCUUGAGGGAGCCUAGAAUCAGUGUGCCAAAUUUCACAACCUCUCGUCAGACGGUUUUAUGGGUUGCCUUAGAAUUUCAUUGAUUUUAACAUAAUUCAAAACGGCGGAAAAUCCGCAAGGCAGAAUAUGACGUCAUAGGAUCUGAUGGAUUCGGCUUGACCCAAGGAUUCCAGCGAUAGUGGAAUUUUGUUUCUACCCAAAAACCAUCAUGAGAUAUGAGCCAAAAGUCAUUUUUCCUAGUUAUAGCGCCACCUAGCGGCCAAUUUGUUCCAAUUGUUUUGUGGGCCUUUUUGGAGGGGUGUGGCAUCAUGCCACCAAGUUUCGUUAAGAUGAGCCAAAGGGCGGCCGAGAUAUGAGCACACUUCCUGUUUUGCGUCUGCGCAGCCAAAUUUGAUUGGCUGCCAUGGCCAAACGCUUAUGAAAUUCAAAACACUGAGCAUAACUUUUGUGCGGCUUGGUCCACUUAUGCUAUCAGCCAAGUCUGGGAAAAAUUGGUCAAAAAUUGAGGGAGGAGAAGCAUUUUAAUUGAUUUUCUCAAAAUGGUGGGAAAACUAUACGGGCGGAAAAUGACGUCAUAGGAUGCGUUGGAUUCGUCUUGGCCCAAGGAUUACAGGGAUACCAAAUUUUUGAAAAUCGGACCAACGGUUCAAAAGUUACAAGCAGAAAUGUACCUGCAACUUUGACCUGUUGGUGGCGCUAGGGGGUUUGAGGUAGAGGCCUGAACUUUGCUGAGAGUAAUAUUGAGACUGUCUAGAAUCAGUGUGCAAAAUUUCCCAACUUUUUACCAGACGGUUCUAUGGGCUGCCAUAGACUUGCAGAGGCGGAAGAACGUUGAAUAAUAAUAAUAAGAAACAAUAGAAACACUAUGGGUGCCUUCGCAGCAUUGCUGCUUGGCCCCCAAUGAUGAUUUUCAACAAAUAUUCAACUAGUCCCAUCAGACUUGAAUAAUUUGAAAAUAACUCUUGAAUAAUUACUAUUUUCAACAAAUAUUCAACUCGUCGUCGAUGCAGAUUUGACUUGACUGGACCAAACAUUGGGUCGUCCCGGACAGCACCAUUAAUGUCGAGGCCUGCAUGUACAUGAUGAAAUGUCACCAUAAAUUCACAAAGUAUUCAAAUCACAGAAAUGGCACUGAACCUGAACUGAUCACUGAUGAAGAAACAGAUGAGAGACCGCUUCAGCAGGAUUCACCCAAACCGAGUCUCCAUCACCAUUAUACAUCAGCAUUGUGAGCUGCUUUGUGUUUUCUGUGGUGAGGCAUUCCCACUUAUAAUCCCCGGAUAUCUUUUUAUCCAGUUAGUGUGCACUGAUCAUAAGCCCUUGUGUCAUUGGCGGGACAUUGAUAGUUUGUUGACGGCCCAGUUUACACCAAGAUUUGGUUUCUUUUUUCCCAAAAAAAAAAGACCCUCGCUGUAUAGCUGCAUGGAUUGAAUUUCUCGGGUUUUGAAACUGGAUGCCGACAAAAAUCUGUUUUCUGUUGCACAAUGCCAGUUCCGUUUCAGACCAGCGAUUCCGCGAUUUCUACUAUUUAUUUAUUUAUUUUUAAACGAUCGCGGAAAAUUAUCAUCCCUAACAUAUAGUGCUCUCUAAAAGUAUUGGAACAGCAAGGCCAAUUCUUUUGUUUUUGCUGGACAUUGAAGACAUUUGGCUUGCUUUUCUCCCAUAGACAGCUCUCUGGUCUUCAUGUUUGGUCUGGGGGGGGCGGGCGCACUUUUUUUUUUUAAAAAUUAAUUAGUUUAUUUUUUCAAAACCACAACUGCAGUAUUUCCAGGUGAAACCCAGGGCUUACUCCAAGAGUAGACAUUAAGAGCUAGUAAUUCUUUACACAGUCAAACUCACAGGGCACAUCUGGGCAACAAGAAAUGUGUCGGCUACAUGUUCCAAUAUUUUUGAUCGCUUGAAGGCUGGGUGGGUUGAAACAAUUUAAACAAGAAUUAAUUUUCUUAAAUCUUCUGGCUAUUUAUAAUCUUUAUGGUCCAUGACCUCAGAAUAUACUCAUCCCUGGGUUGUGAUUGUAUUGAUGAUGUAUAUCGGAAUGGCACUGAUGUGGAUCCAAUCAAAAACCUUGAUCAAAUUGUUAUAUCAGUAACGAGGCAGCUAUGUAAGGAUUUUAGAUUAGGCUCGACCUGUAUAAACACUUUACAGCAUGUUACAAGUCAUUAGUUAGACUUGGGCUUUAGUGACUCUGCCCUGGUUUUGGAUGAAGACAAAAAUUGAGACUGAAACAAGUGUUCUGUGACGACUUGAAUGUCUCACCACAUUUGAGUGAUCAAACCCUGAGAUGCACACCAGUAUUAAGUUCUGUCCUUGACUUCACCUUGAGCACCACAGAUGGAUGUUAAUGCCAGGUUUGAAUAGGUUCAUGAUGUUCUUUGACACAUCUGAUGAAGUAUUUACAUGCAUUUUAUUUACUUUCUCUGUAUUUUUUUUUUGCUUAUGUGUUUUUGUUGAAUAAAUGAUACUCUGAAAACUG